GCUCGCACUCGCUUGACACUAGCGAACCAUCACCGGGAAGCCACGAUCGAGCGCGCUCAUGGGGGCGAGGCAGCGCGGCGAGAGAGGGGGUAUCUCGACGUCCAAAAGGUCGAGGCUGGCGGCGGCGGCGGACGCGGCGUCGUGGUGCCUCGCGCUGGCGGCGCUGGCGGCGCUGCUGCUGGUGUGCUCGCUCGGGGAGACGUCGGAGGCCGCGGUGGUGGUGCGGGGCGCGUCGCUGUCGGCGCGGUGGCGGCCGUGCGAGGAGGUCUACGUGGUGGCGGAGGGGGAGACGCUGCACGGCAUCAGCGACCGCUGCGGCGACCCCUACAUCCUGGAGCGCAACCCGCACGUCCACGACCCCGACGACGUCUUCCUCGGCCUCGUCCUCAGGAUCACGCCCUCCCUCCAUCUUGAAGCCGUCCGUCCCCGCUAGCCCGUAGGUAGAUCAAGAAAGAAGAUGAGUUUGAUUCUUCUGCAGAAUCAUUCCGGUUCGCUCUGAAGAACUCUGAUUUACGAGUAACCUCGCUAGUCUUAGUGGUAGAGGACAGAGUGUCAGAGUGUCAGCCUUGUUUCCUUGUGAUUCUCUCUUAUACUUCGUGCGUGGAAAAUUGGCUGAAUCGUUGGGCCGUGGAGCAGAGGCGGUGUCAGGUAUGUCCGGAUGCGCCGCGCCGCUUAUUAGGGCUAGCGCCCAUUAGAGCAACUAGUUAACGAUUACUUUUUCGAGAGCCUCCCAACAAUCAGUGGGUUGAGAGCGUGUCUCUCGACGCUCUGGGUGUUUUCUUUUGGAUUUUGUUUUUUCUUUAAUUUUUUCACACGUGUUUUCGGCUUUUUAAAUAUAUUUUUUUCGGUUUUAUGGUUUUCCAUCGGUCUUUCUUAGAUUUUGGAUGAAAAAAAACUUUGGGAUUUUUUUUGCGAGAAAAAACUUGUUUUUUUCUUCUGUGAGAGGCACGACUCAGAAACGAAAAAAACGUGUUUUCUUUUUUCUUUUGCGAGAGACACGAUUUUGACGAAAACAAUUUAAGAUUUGGACGCACGGUUUAAGAGAUAAAAUAUUUUGAAUAAACAGAUAUAUGAAGAAAACUCACAGAAAUGAUCUUUGAAAGAAGUACUAAUCAAUUAGUGAUUUUGAUAUAUAGCUUGUCUAUAAAAGGGUAACUACCGAUUGUUCGACCUACCAAAUAGUUUUGCCUUUCGCUAGGGUUUUUGGCUCGCUCGCCGCCACCACACCGGCGUUGAGAUUUUCCUAAUUUUCGCUUUAGCAUCUACUUCGGCCCUCCUCACCAUCUCACCUAGUUAUCGGCCAACGUGGAAUACCGUCCGCUCAACGCCGUCCGCCUGCAACAACGGCCAACGUGGAAUACCCACCAUGCCGUGCACGCUGUCACAUGUCCUCAUCAUGCCCUGUUGCUCGUCAUACACGGCAUUGCCAAUUUCAAAGAAGGUAGAUAAUAUCUCUGUGAAUUUUCCCUAGCUUAUGCCCUAGAGAUUUUUCCUAAAACAUUUAUAGCUUUAUGUUACUUUUUAACUACUGAUUAUCUCUUCAAAUUUAGUACCACCAUGUUGCCUAUAAAGUAUAAACUAUGCCUCCGGCGCUGAGAAAAAAUGUUAGAUGAAUUUUUUAUGGAAAUUGUUAAAUGAGUUGAUAGAAUCCCAUAUGAAUUCAGUGAUAAAAAAAUUAGCAUAAUACGAGCACC